AUGAGAGGGCUGUACUACAUAGUACUUGUCCUGUUUACUAUAAAGUUUUGUUCUUGCAGUGGAAUUUGCAAAGAAAAUGAGAAAACAGUUUUGCUAAGGUUAAAGAAAGAAGCAAAUGAUCCCACAAAUGUACUAUCUUCUUGGGUUGAUAAAGAAGAUUGUUAUAACUGGGAAGGAGUUUUGUGCCACAAUGUGACUGGUUCUGUCAUUGAGCUAUCGAUUAACGGAUGGGAUUGGUCAGAACUUAAAGGCCUAAAGAUUGAUGAUUUCCAGUGGUUGUCAAGUCUUGAAAAUCUUGAUAGUUUGGACAUGUCUGGUGUGGAUUUAAGUGAAGCAACAAACUGGACUGAGGUGAUUAGCAUGCUUCCUUCUUUGGUUAAUCUUCGUUUUUCGAAUUGUAGUCUUCAUUCAAUACCUCCUUUGUUUGAUCAUAACAGUUCUGUUCUUGAAAAUCUUGAUCUUUCUUUGAAUAACUUUGGCUCUCCGAUUCCUGGGUGGGUUUUCAGUUUUGGUAGUCUUGUUUCUCUUGAAUUCACUGGUAGUAAUUUCACUGGUUCAUUUCCUGAGGGUCCUUUUGACUUGACUUCUUUCACAACAUUGAGAGCUUCUAGCAACUCCUUUGGUUCUGUUUUGCCUCAAUGGUUAUUUGAUCUCAGCAAUCUUGAAUAUCUUGAUUUGAGUUUUAGUGGUCUUGAGGGUCCAAUACCAAAUGGAGUUGGUGAUUUUACCAAGCUUACAUAUCUUAGUCUUGCUUCCAAUAAUCUGAACUCCACUAUCCCAAAUUGGCUCUAUGGAUGCAAGAAUCUUGAAACACUUAUCAUGAAGGAUAACAGUCUUGAGGGAACAGUUUCAGACUCGAUUUCAAAUCUGACAUCUCUAACUAGGAUCGAUAUGUCUGAAAAUUUUCUUUCUGGAAAGUUACCGAGUGUAAUUGGAAAGCUAUGGAAAUUAGAAGAUCUCGAUCUCUCAGAAAAUCGAUUUGAAGGAGAAGUAUAUGAGGUUGGAAGGGGUGUUAACAGAUUCCAAGCUAGUGACAUAGUAAUUGGCAGUUGGUGCUUAGGCCCUGACUUCCCUUUGUGGAUCCAGACUCAACAAUCAAUCAUGAAUUUGGACAUAUCAAAUGCUGGUAUAGUAGGUGAGGUUCCAACUUGGUUCUGGAACUUAUCGUCUCAAAUUCGUUUCCUCAACAUGUCUCACAACCAGCUCAUUGGUGAGAUUCCAACUUUCUCAAUUUCUGAUAGCUCCAUGGGAAGUGGAGGUCCUUGGUUGAUAUACUUGAGUUCCAACAACUUCAGUGGUUUACUCCCACAUAUUCCAACCAUGGUAACAGAGUUAGACCUUUCAGAUAACACUUUCUUGGAAGGUUUAACAAGCUUCUUGUGUGAUAAAAAGAAUGAAUCUUACAUGUUGGAGAUUCUACACCUUGGGGGAAAUCGUUUCUCCGAAGAAAUUCCUGAUUGUUGGAUGAAUUGGCCAGAGUUGAGAGUUGUCAACUUGGGAGAGAAUAAGCUUACCGGAGGAAUCCCAAGAUCCAUUGGAGCUUUAAGCAAUUUGAAAUCUUUGGACUUGAAAAGAAACAAACUUUCUGGUCCAUUGCCUUCAUCCUUGAACAACUGCACAAGAUUGUGGAAAAUAGACAUGAAUGAGAAUGAGUUAGAUGGAAAUUUACCACCUUGGUUUGGUACACUUUCAAAGCUGAUAGUCCUUAGUCUUCGGUCUAAUAAAUUCGAUGGUGAACUAGCUCCAAAACUUUGCAAGCUCAAUGAUCUUCAAAUCUUGGAUCUUGCCAACAACAAUUUGUUUGGAGCUAUACCUCGGUGUGUUAAUAAUUUUACAGCAAUGGUGAAUGGAAGGAAGGAAAUUAGAGAUGGAGACGACGAGAUGGAUUAUUCUUAUUAUGUUGGAGUUUUCAGGGUAAGUGCAAGAGUAGCAACUAAGGGCAACAUGUAUCAGUAUGAUACCAUUUUGUCAUUGUUUACUAGCAUGGAUCUUUCUAACAAUAAUCUUUCUGGAAACAUUCCUAUGAGUCUUACAAGUCUUGUUGGAUUGAGAUCAUUAAAUUUCUCCCACAAUCAGCUGACUAGUAGUAUUCCAAGGGACAUUGACAAGAUGAAGGUAUUAGAAUCACUUGAUAUCUCAAAUAAUCAAUUCUCUGGUGAAAUACCACAAAGCAUUUCGAGUUUGUCCUCUUUGAGCUACUUGAAUGUUUCUCACAACAACUUAUCAGGGCAGAUUCCUGUGAGCACUCAACUUCAAAGCUUUAGCCCUUUUAGUUUUACUGGAAAUAAACUGUGGGCUUCCACUCGUGGAGCGUUGCAGUAA